GGGUAUGUUGGCUAUAACUGUACAAAACCAUGUCCUCCUGAAUGGUUUGGACCUAGAUGUACAAAGCCAUGUCCCUGUUCCGAUAGUGAAUGUGAUAACGUUCUUGGUUGUGUCCAAGAGAGUAUGUCAACAGAUUCAAAACCUGAUAGUACCAUAUCGGACUACGUGUAUGCAUCCACUUCCAUAGAACAUACUUCGAUAUCCACUUCCAAAGAAUUUACUUCCAAAGAAGUUCUUUUAGAAGAUUUAAGCAAAAGCGGAGGACCUUGGGAAAGACUUGUACAUUUUAUUAGGACAGUAAACACAGAAUACUGGGCUAUCAUCUCCAGUAUUUUGUGUAUCCUCGUGUUUGCUGCAUUGUGUGUUAUAAUUGUAUUGUGCAGGAAGAAAGGGAGAGGAAAGCAAACAAAUACGGAUCAUCGUUUAUACACGAGCAACCGGUAUAUAGAACAGACGGACGGCGAGAGGUACUGUGACCUGAACACAUAUACAGAUCCUUUGGAAGUUAAAAUGAAUGUUUGCUUUGGUGGACAUCAAGUUGCACAGGGCACAACAGAGUACAUGCACUCAGACAGUAUGUUUGAAGAACGAACUGAUAGUCAUGAGUACGUUAGUAUGAAUACCCAUUGUUAUACAGAGUUGUCAAAUGUGAAUGACUCAAAGCCAAAAGAUUAUGGGUCAUCAGAGCAUGUGUAUAUGCGUAUUUAAAAGCAAAGUUUUCCUUUAAAAAAUUGUCCGCUUCUAU